AUGGAUGUUGAAUGGGAAGAGGGAGGGGAGGAGGAAGUCAGUCCAGCGGGCAGUCAUGAAGAGGAAAUGGAAAAGGAAGAGGAGGCACUCACAGCUACGAGUGAGGAGGAAGGCAAUCGGCAAGACGAGGGGGAAGAGGCAGUGGUCAUGGAAGAAGAUGUGAAGGAAGAGGAAGGGGAGGGAGAAGAAGGACGAGGAGAUGGGGAAGAAGUAAAAGAAGGAGAAGAAAAAGAAGGAGGAGAAGAAGAAAAAGAAGGGGGAGAUGAAGAAAAAAACGUAGAAGCAGAGGAAAGAGAAGCGGGAGAAGAAGAAAAUGAAAAAGAAGAGAAAGAAGGAGAAGAGAAAGAAGAAGAGAAAGAAGAAGAGAAAGGAGAAGAGAAGGAAGGAGAAGAGAAAGGAGAAGAGAAGGAAGGAGAAGAGAAAGAAGAAGAGAAAGAAGGAGAAGAGGAAGAAGAAAAAGAAGUAAAUGAGGAAGAAGAAAAAGAAGAAACUGUGAAAAGCGGAGAGGAAUCUCCGGAGGGACAUCAUGACGAAGGAGGAGAGAGUGUCGAGGAGGAGGAAUCAUCUCACAGCGCAGAAACGGCGAUCCACAAAUCCGAUCAAGAAGCAGACAAAGGAGGGGAGGACGAGCACGAACACGAUCCUGAGGAAGACUCGAGAGAAACGGAAGGAGGAGCAGAAGAGGAAGACCAGAGUGAAGAGAAGGAAGAAGGAGGAGAGGGAAACGAGGAAGACGUGAGUGGAGACGACGAGAGCGGGGAAGAGGGAAAGGAAGAUGAGGAAGGCGAAGAGGAAGCGGAAGAGCAUCUUCGACCUAAGGAGAUGCUUGAAGAGUUCCUGGCCAAGGAACCAGAUACAAAAUUGGACCAAGCCACCGAGAAAGCCCUGAAGGAAUUCAAGAGGCUUUAUGAAAUUGCCAUUCGCCCGAUGGAAACCAUCUACAAGUAUCACGACAUCACCACCCGCCACUUUGGAGACUCUGAGAUUCAUGCCGUCCCGAUGGUGCUGCUGGUGGGACCUUGGGGUACGGGGAAAACCUCUGCCAUCAAGUACCUGAUCGAGGGAGAGGAUGAUUUCCAGUCGGAAUUCCACAUCGGUGCAUCGCCUAAGGACGAUCGUUUCCACGUGUAUCUCUAUGGGGAUGACAUCCGGAGGGAAGGAGGGACGGAGCUCAACUCCAAUUGGGUCUUUGCCAGUCUGCAGAAAUUCGGGAUGGCUUUCGCCAAUCGAUUCCAUGCUUCCAGACUUCCAUCGCGACUCCUCAAAAAGGUGAUAUUCGUGGAUACACCGGGGUUGCUGGAGAGCCGCAACGGGGAAGGACAGCAUCGGCUAUAUCCCGUCAAUGAUGUCUUUCAGUGGUUCAUCGACAGGGCGGAUAUCGUUCUCGCCGUCUUCGACCCUCACCAUCUGGAAGCUGGCAUCGAAAUGGAAGCACUUUUCGAUCAGUUGAAGGGUCGCGAGGACCAGGCAAGUGAACUCUCGCCUUUUCUCCCCUCUCCCCCUUCCCCUCUCCAAAUGUGCUGUCUGCAUGGACUCAUUCAUUACUUUGCUUCUGGGGUGAGGAUAUUGUUCAACAAGGCGAACGAGUUGAGCGCAGCGGAGCUGUCGCACUCCAUCGCGACGCUCAUGUGGAACCUCUCGCCCCUGCUGGGCGGGAACAAGCCGCCGAGAGUGUACGCCGUCGACCUGAGAGACGAGGAGGAGGGCGGGUAUGAAUCCGAGAGGUCGAAGGACAAUCUGGCCUUGAUCGAGUCCAACGAAGAGGACCUGGCCAAGGACAUCAUCGACAUCAUCCUGAACCGGGUCGAGAACAAGGCCACUCAGACUCGGAAACAUGCAAUCCGAGUGCGUAACCACUCGAAGCUGGUGAACUGCUACCUUCGGACCUACAUCCGCAGCAAGGGCUUCUUCAGCAACAGGAAGAAAGUGGCGAACGAGAUCGUGGAUCACCCGAACGAUUACCGCAUCUACGAGGGUGUGAGCACCCUCACGAACGUGUCACGGUACGACCUUCCCGACCCGGACGUCUACCGGGCCUUCUUCAAACUUCACGACCUGUGGGAAUUCCCGAAGGCCGAAGACACAUGCACCUACUUCAAGGGCUGUCCGCACGACAAGUUGGACCUGACCAUCGCCUACGACCUGGCCGAGGUGGUCGGGAAAUUCAAGAAGGAAAUGGCCGGGGUCUCCAUGGAACCUAUCCCCCAUGGUCAUCACAAUCAGACACACCCCGCCUCAAACUCAACCAAACAUUAAAUGAAAACACGUGAGGGGAAAAAAAUUAAAAAGCUCUUGAGGUUUGAGCUCUCAAUCAUGGAGAUCUCGUUCGUGCGACCGAAUCAGCUGAAGUAAAAAGGUAAUUUAUGUUGACUCUACCGAAACAUCAUUCCAGUUUGUCCAUGUAGUGACGUCAUAUGACAACCGAGAUUGUUCCAUAUCAUAUGGAACCGUUGGGCUGUGAUUCUGGUCUGACAAAAUACAGAUAUCAUCAGUUUUCCCGUCAUUACAAGGAGAAAGGGGAAUGAUAUUUAUACACGCAGGAAAGACACACCAUUGUGAUAUUUCGCUCUAGUCUAGUGAAAACGAAGUGUGGUUUUCGUAGCUAGUCCUGUAUCUAGAGCCAUGUCUCCAUUAUAGGACUCCCGAUUUUCUUUCAAUGUGAUACUGUUGUGAACUCUCACUGUUCUUGGUUGGAUAAAGAAGGUGAAAGAGAAGCACUUGGAC